AGCCUAGUCGCCGCCAGCGGAGAAGGAGCAAGGUUGCCCAGGAGGGACAGAGAGUAGGACGAACACCACACGCGCGACCAUGACGGCGUUGCUCGCACACCCGAUCUGCCUUCUCGUCGUCGUCGUCGCCGCUUCGACGGUGACGGUGAACGCACAGUCUGAUGACAACAAGAUCCUGGUCUCGGCUGCGUGGUUAUGCGAGGGCCUGGAAUGUCCCGAGGGCAAGGAGUGCACCCUGGAACAGCCGCAGUGCACUUCCGAGGACUGCUCUCUCAAACCAUCGUGUUCGCCUCGGCUGGAAAACUGCAAGCCUUGUAACGAGGGCUGUGCGCACGCCAUCCUGAACCGGGAGGCGUCGACGGGCUGCCAUCCGUGUCUCUGUGAAAUCGCCGUCGUCAGGAAGCCAGAGAGAGUCAGAGAAGAGGAGCCCAAUGGGAACGGCAGCGAGUAGAACCUACAAGAGGCAAAUCACUCCCGAAAGACAAAUUCCAUAUUCCGAAGGCUUGUCAGAAGGACUCUCUCCAGCUUGACCAGAACCUGAGGACGCUUCAACCUUCAAAUCAAGCGAACGGAGAGAGCGCUCCAAGGAGGCCAACCGAACACGCCGGGUCGCACACUGCGAAAGCAUCUCUCGCUAUAGAACCACCGAAUAAGCUACACUUCCGAGAAUAUGCACCACUUCAGCCAUCUUGGCACUUAAAAUCAUCGUUGCCAGAAAUCUCAAGAUUUAUCUAAAAUCGCCGGAAACAAUUUAUUGCCCUCUAGAGACGUUACAACAGUACGCGACAGAGCAAAUCGAUAUCGGCUGAGCUUUCACCGUAUCUAUAGAGCUCUGGAUGUCGCAUUUUCGAAUAGUAGGUGUAUAUCAACGCCAAAUGCUCCCGCUCCGCACCAGGCAGCAAAAUGGCGGCCUCCUUUAAAAAUCUAGGACUAAACAUAGGCUUUCUAGAAGUGGCUCCGCAUCUCGCCUGUUUUCAGUCAGCCGCUUUGCGUUUCUUGCUCGUACACAGCGUUAUCAAGAGGUCGCCAAACUCACAAAAGCUCGAGGCCUUCUCGUCUGGCGCACUUCCUGUCUUUCACAUAUGCUUGUAAACGCUACAGUCUAUCAAAUUAAUAAAGACGUUAUCAUUGUUGUUGUUA